AUGGAGUCAACCGCUCUAAGUGGAAGGAUGGCCCGAUGGCAAAUUCUACUAUCUGAAUUUGACAUAACCUAUGUGAAUCAAAAUGCUUUAAAAGGGAACGCGAUAGCAGAUUUUCUAGCUAGUAGAGCCCUGGAUGAUUAUGAGCCUUUGAACUUCGAUUUCCCAAAUGAGGAUCUGAUGUAUAUGGCAACUGCUGAAGCAAACACACAAGAAAGCAAUGCUUGGAAAUUAAACUUUGACGGAGCCUCAAAUGCUGUGGGCAACGGGAUUGGGGCAGUCUUGGUAUCUCCAGACGGGGAUCAUUAUCCGUUCACUAGUAAGCUAGAUUUUGAUUGCACAAAUAACAUGGCAGAAUAUGAAGCAUGUAUCAUGAGAAUCCGUGCGGCUAUGGAACGUAAAAUCAAGGUACUUGAGGUAUAUGGGGAUUCAGCACUGGUAAUUUAUCAACUCAAAGGCGAAUGGGAAACAAGAGACUCCAAGUUGAUUAGUUAUCGAAAGCUAGUCCUAGAAUUGAUUGAGGAGUUUGACAGCAUCACUUUUUGUUAUCUCCCACGAGACGAGAAUCAGAUGGCCGACGCUUUGGCUACAUUGGCUUCUAUGAUCAAAGUAAAUAAACAAGAGGAUGUGAAGCCUAUCCAAAUGAGCAUUUAUGAUGCUCCAGCCCACUGUUGUAGCGUUAACGAGGAAGAGGAAAAAGAUGACAACCCUUGGUAUCAGGACAUAUUGUGA